AUGCCCGAGGAUGUUCUGGUGCCUCCCUCUGACCCGCGCCGACUCGUGCGCUGGGUGAAGACUCAAAAUUGGGUAGUUAGAAGGUUGAUCGAAGAAUAUCGCACUUCACGCGGCAACUCAAUUAGCAGCAGAGGCCGGCAGGAUUUGGCCUUCGCGAGGAAGCAAUUCUUCCCCUACCUCAGAUUUGAUAUACGCAUGACGCCAGAAAUUAAAAGGUACUCGAAGCUUGAUGAAUCGCUGCGAAAUAUUGCCCGGGAAGACUAUGGAUUCCCAAGAGACUUGGUAGCUUCUGCAGAGCUACUCUGCCAAAAGUUCGAGUCUGAGCGCUGGGGAGCAGGCACUGCAACAGCCCCAAGAGCUAGCCUCACCGGCCGUGAACCACCGGUGGACCAUCCGAUCUGGGGUUUGGACGGAAUCAUGCAUGGGGCCGUGAUGUUUAACACGGGCAAGAAAGUCGAAUACGGGUUCGACAAUCGCUACAUCCACGAGAAGCGAGACGCCAAAGUGCACGGCCAUAAUGGCCUCUCCCCCGGGGACUGGUUCCCCUUGAACAUCAUUGCCCGCUUUCAGGGAGCACACGCAGGGAUGCAAGCUGGAAUCUCAGGGGAUCGCGACGGAGGCGCGUAUUCCAUUGUCGUCUCUGGACAAUAUGAAGAAGACAAGGAUGAAGGCGAAGUUUUGUAUUACAGCGGCGAGUCUGCGGAAAAGAACGAGAAUCCUCAUGAGAUCAUUCGCAGGGCGGCCAAUGAUUCAAUGCUGGAGUCUUUGAGGAAUGGACGACCAGUACGUGUACUGAGGAGUGCCACGAAGGGCGAACGCCAGCGGCAUUAUGCACCAAGCUGUGGUAUAAGAUACGAUGGGCUUUACAAUGUUGUAGGGGUCGAGAUUCGCCGCAACGCCAAGGGUGGCCUGUUCCAGCGCUUCAGGCUCCAUCGGUGUGAAGGUCAGGAAAGUCUGACUGACAUCGUAGCGAGGAGCCCCCGCGCGGAUCAGGUAGAGGACUACAGAAGAUUGAGAGAUGGGUAUUAG